AUGAAAACUUUAUUAUUAUUCCUUAUUUUAACAUCUUUUGCCUCAGUAAUUUAUUGUACAGUAGAGAAAAGCAAAACCCUAAUUCUUAAUGCACAGAUAUUCGAUCAAUAUCCAUAUUUCAAUAGAAAUUUUCAACCACCUGAUGGCAACCUCACUUUAAAUAUGGUUAAAUCUACUCUAGCAUCGAAUAAAAUCCCAGAACUAAAUAGUAAUUCAAGAGAUACUCUUGUUAAUACAGAGGGUAGAAUUCUGGUUCCCAAUCUAUUUGAUUUCUUUUUUAGAUCCAAUCCUCCACCAAGAAUGGGUGAAAUGUUCACAGAUGUAGAAUAUGAGGAAAACUGUGGAUAUAACAAACCAAUUUCAUAUGACAUAGUUUUCGAAUUAGAUGAAAAUGGAAUAUUCCAAUAUAAUAAUCAAUAUUUCUUCCCAAUCGAUUAUAAAGGUUUCGAUGUCAAUACCAAAUAUAGAAUUUAUAAAAACGAUACAAAAACAUAUCACAAUUUUCAUUUUUGUUUAAAAAUAAACAGCAAAUUCACAUAUCAAGGGUUUGAAGUAUUUGACUUCAUAGGUGAUGAUGAUGUUUGGGUAUUUAUUGAUAAUAAACUAGUUGUUGAUUUAGGAGGUGUUCAUGAAGCAUCGCAAAAGAAAAUUUAUUUAUAUAACCUUGAUAAUAUUACAUUGAUAAAAGGCAAAACUUAUUCAUUUGACUUUUACUAUUGCGAAAGACACACAACAAAAUCAACAAUAAAAAUUUCAACUUCAAUAGAACUAUUCUGUCCUGUAAUAGAUUAUUGUGGGGUUUGUAAUGGCGAUGGUUCAACAUGUUGUAAUGCUAAAUCUCAUUGCGAUGAUAAUGAUCUAUGUACAAUUGAUGCUUGCCCUACUCCAGAUACCUCAAUAGAUACAGCUCUAGGAAUUUCUUUUUAUUGUGAACAUGUAGAUAUAAAAAAUCCAUUAGAUGGAGAUAAAUGUAAUGAAAGAACAUGUAAGAAUGGUGAAUGGUUUAUUACAAAUACCACAAAUUGUGCUGAUUUAUCCUCACAGUGUAAAAUAAGUGAAGGUUGCGAUUUCAGUCUUGGUUGCCAAUAUAAAACAAAGUGUGACCAAAUUUGUCAUUCUAGCAAAUGUAAUAAUGGUGUAUGUGUAGAAAAAACAAGUACCGACUGUAUUAAUGAAUUAGAUGGCGGUAAAGAGGAUAAGUGCUAUACUUAUUCUUGUUCAAGCAAAGGUUGUCAAAAAACUUAUAAAUGCGAUACCUCCAAUCCAUGUAAGGUUCCAUCAUGCAACCCAAGCGUAGGUCAAUGUAGCUAUACUGAAACAUCCGGUAACGAUUGUUGUAGAGACAGAUGCUCAGCAGAUAAAGUAAAUAAAUGUCAAAUAGGUGUUUGUGAUAAGGCAACUGGUGGAUGCUUCGGUCAAAACAAAACCGUUGAUGAUGGUAAUCUUUGUACCAUAGAUUCAUGCGAUCUUGCUACCGGUAAUAUCAAAAAUGUUCCAAUUGUAUGUACUGGCUGUAGUGUAUGUAGUCCAACAACUGGUAAAUGUACUGCUGAUAAUAUACUUUGUGACGAUGGAAACCAAUGCUCAGCUGAUACUUGUAUAAUUUCCUCAUCAAAACCUUCUCAUGGUGAAUGUUCUUAUAAAGCAUCUACUCAUUGCAAUCUUGGCGAUAAAUGUAAAUUAUAUACUUGCGAUAGUGUUAAAGGUUGUAAUUCUACAGAUCUCGUUUGUCCUAAUGAAGGAAGAUGUCAAGUUGGUUAUUGUGAUAAGAAAUUAGGUUGUCAACUUAAAAAGAGAGAAUGUAAUUCAACAGCUUUUUGUAGAGAAUCAGAAUGUGAUGAACAGUUUGGAUGUAUUACAUUCGAUAAGAGAUGUGCUGCCGAUGAUGGUAGAUGUCAAAGUGGUGUAUGUUACAAUGCUACUGAAACCGAACCAGGUAAAUGUGUUUCAGUGGAUUACGAUCCCCAACCAUUUGUUUGUAGAACUGCUAUAGUAAUAUCAACUGCCGUUGUAGCUGGUGUAGUUGUAGCUGGUGCUGUUGCAUUGGGUGCUGCUAUUUUUGCAGGUAAAAAAGGCUAUGACUAUUGGAAAGACUCACAAGCAAAUAAAAUGGCCGCUUCAAAUUCAAACCCAUUAUAUGAAGUUAACCCAGAUUCAAAUGGUGUUAACCCACUAUAUUCAAAUAAUUAA